UGCUGGUGACUUUGCUGGUGACCGGGCCGGUGGCGCACGCGCACAGGACAGACCGAAUCAGCAGCAGAAAAUGGCUUCUGAAGUGGGGUGCAGCAGGUUGCCCGUUGUGACGAUUUUAACCAGAUAUGCCGCAUCAAGCCUGAGAUUGCUUGACUUGUGGAAGUCGCGGUUGAGCCACAUCCCUUAUAAGCUUUUGGACCACGAAAAGCCAGAGGAGGCCACUGCCGAUCUUCAAGAAGCAGAGAUUUUAUUGGCAGACCCUGACUUAAUAGGUGGUUAUUUCAGCCAUUUACCUGAAGCCAAAUGGGUUCAGGGCACGUGGGCAGGUAUUGAUGACUUGGUAGAUAUAGUGAACCCUGCUGACCUCCCCCCACCGUUCACGUUCACCCGCUUGGGUGGGGGUCUGACUGCCAGCAUGGCCGAGUAUGUGAUAGCCCAGAUGGUAGCUCAUGAGCGUCAUUUUUAUGAAAUGAAAGCGGCUCAGGAGAAGAAAGAAUGGAAAUGGAGAAACUAUCGUCUCAUGAAACAUCUUACCCUUGGAAUAUUAGGUCUGGGGGACAUCGGGGAAGAAAUUGCUCGUGUCUGCAAGGCCUUUGGAAUGAGAAUUUGGGGACUGGGACGAAGAGACCGAUCACCCGAGGAGAGGUCCAAAAAUGUGGACGAGUACAGACCAUUGUCCGGCUUGGCCGAACUCCUGGCCGAUUGUGACUACAUCUGUAAUGUGCUGCCCAAGACAUCGGCAACCAUUGACCUACUGUCCGGCGAUGUCCUGUCAAGCUGCACUAAGCAACCUGUCUUCAUCAACGUUGGGCGUGGGAGCGUCAUCAGUGAGGACUCUAUUCUCAAUGCCCUGGACAAGGGAUGGAUCUCUCAUGCGAUACUUGAUGUCUUCAUAACUGAGCCCUUGCCACCUGAAAGUAAACUUUGGUCUUCACCCAAGGUGACUAUUACACCACAUUAUGCAGCCAACACACAACCCUGUGCGGCUGGGGAGUCACCAACAGCUAUGGUUUUGCCUAAUGCGAUUAUUGACGUUAUGCAAGAGAACUACAAGAGGUACGUAAAUGGGGAGCCUUUGAAGUAUGCAGUGAACUGGAAGCUUGGAUAUUGACAGACGUUCUCAAGGUCACUGAUACACUAUUCACUAGAUGGGGAGUUUGAUUCAACAUAUCAGCUGCAAUGACCCACUGUACUUCCUAUCAAAAAACUUGGCUGCUCACUGCAAUGAUCUAUAUUAUUACUAUGCAUGUUGUGCUUGAUUUCACUUUGGCAAGCUGCCAAGAAGUACUGAAUGAGAGUACCACGUGGUAAGUAAAGAGCUAAAAACCUUUGACAGACAAUGCAGUCAACAGUUGCUAGUUCUUUGAUAGAUGAGUUAACAUCUAUUGCUGCAAAUAUUGAGUUGUUGGUGAUUUAUGAAUAAACAUGUGCUAUACAUGUUAUAUUUUUAUCAAAAGUGGCAACAUUGAAAGCUGAAGGCAUUUACAAAAGACUUUUAGAUCCGUAAACUUAUGGAAGGUUAACCAGAUGAAAGACAAUAAAAGUGAUUUCAAUUGAACAUUCAACUCUGCUUUGUUUUUGAUUGUGUUAAUUUCUAUGUUGCCAUAGUAACGAGACCUGAUGACUGCCUUUUUGCAAUUGAUAAUUGUACAUGCUCACAAAAUCUAGUUUUAAUGACUCUUUUCCAUUUAUGUUAAAUUGAAUAUGCCUGCUUAUUUUUGGAAAUAUCAGCUGGGAAAACUGUGAAUUGGAUUGUGGAUUGACCAUAUACUUGCUUAAAUUUUAAAAGUGUGGUAGUUUCAAUCCAAGAGGCAUUAGUUUCUGGAGCUCCUGAUCCGCCCAUUGUAGGGAGAACAUGAUGGCCUGUGGUCAGUUGUACCCUGAUGCCAAGUUACAUGUGUUUGUAUAGCAGGUUUUGCAGCCAAAUUUAUUCUUUAAAAGUCAUUCAAUUUAAGAGAUCUGUUCUAAUUUCCUUUGAGAUGACUAGCCUCAUGUACAUGUGUCAGCACUUACAACUUCAAAUAGGGUUGUUGGAUUCUCUGUUAGAGUCGUUUGGGGUAUUCAAAUGCAUCAAAGCCUGCAGAGAGAGGUUGAUCAAGAAUUCUAUUUAGUUGGCAAAUAGUUUUCGGGCGCUUCUCUUCAGACUGUGUGGUAUAGGAUUUCCAAUUUGUAUCGGCUUAUCAAUAAGUUGAAUACCAGCAUUCUAAAUGUGAAAUGAAAAGGGGAAGAGAUGAAACAUGUAUCAUUCUUUGUCAAGAUGAAAGAACUUGCUGUCAUGUUAUUUUGUAAACCAGCAUUUUCUAGCUCUUGUAAUUUGUUGAUAAUCAUUAAUUCAUAAUUAAAUGUUUUCAAGUAUUUUGAA